AUGGAUCCGCAGUGGCGCCGUCGCGACAUGGCGGACGUCGAAUCAGCCCCUGCGGGCGACACAGCCGAUCAUUUCCUUCCGCCCGUUGUCGUCAUUGCCCGGCACUUUCGGCGCCCCGGCCGCCACACAGCGAUGAUCAGGUCUUGGCCGCCUCCUUCAGAUGCUGAAACCCUGCGGCUGCGGAGCGCCUGUGGGUGGCCGUCUCGCGCAAUCAAAGAUGGAGGGCCAGCGUCCAUCGCGCAUCCGUGGUACACACUGUACUCCGUACACACACACAUGGGAGAGGAGAUUGGAGACAUGGGGAUUCUGCUUUCCAUUGAGAUGCGCCCACUUCCUUUCAAUGGCCGAUCCAUGGAUGAUCUCGGCCAGUCGCCAGUCGCCAGUCGCCAGCACCGCUCUUUACCUGCGGCCUGUGUGGCCGGCGCAGGGGAAACGGUUGCCAGCCCGGCGUGUCUUAGGACGCGGAUCCAUCUGUGUGGAGUCGCAAAGGCACCAGAUGACGAACGACAGUUGCAGAUGCCUCUGCGCGCCUCCACUGCCUUCAUCGCCCUUCAUUGA